AUGCAGGACACGCCACCAGACGCGCCAUCAAACAAUAUUUGGCACGUAGAUUACAAUGCAACUGUUGCAAAGGAUGCAGCCAUGGGAUGGCAGGGUAUGGGUUUUGUAUUGGGCUUUAAUGGCGUCAUGUUUCUCGUAGCAUUAGCAAUUUUCCAGGCAGGGGCACGAAGUACUCGCUUCAGUCUCUUUCGCUUUGGUUCAAGCUCUAUUUUGUCCGUUAAAGCGCAGGAAGCGGCUCAAUUUACACUUAAGAAAUGGAGUGACCUUUUAUGGCGUACUCCUAUAAGAGACACGGACGUGGAGUUGUGCCUUGGCCCAGAAGGCACGUUUUAUCUGCUGUAUCAACAGUAUACGGCACGAUUCCUUGGGACGCUUAGUGUCUUUGCAAUGAUGGUGCUACUACCGCUUUACCUCAUGAUUGGAGCCGAUGCGUUGCAGCAGAUGGAAGCAGCUGCGGAGACAGCAGUCAAGAAUAUUGCAGGACUCGCAGACGGACGAGCUGCUAUAGCUACAGAUCUUUAUGCGAUGGGAGCAGAAGCUACUGCUGGUACUGUUGCUAGUGACAGUGACAUUAUUGUCGACAACAAGUGGUGGUCAUUUGCUCAUGCUACGAUCCGAGUCAUGCCGCGAGAGUCACCAUAUCUUUGGGUACCGGUUGUAACGUGUUACCUGACGACACUUGUGUUCAUGAUCUACUAUCGACAUUUAAGUGCGUUGGCAACGAUCCCGACGCCUAGUUCGAGACGAGAGCAUAAGUCUGGUGAGAGUGUGAUACUACGCUCGUCUUCUAUCAUGUCCAAUGGGACUAGUGGGACUUCAGCGGGUCAAUUGGCUGGAGAAGGAGACAAGAUGGGAGAAGGAGACAAGAUGACUGGUAUAAAAGAGGAAGCUGCUGUGCCCGAAGACGGUGUCUCGAUGGCUGAGACUAAGGAACUUGAGGACGCAGAGAAGCAACCGCUGCUCAUUCAAGAAAAGGAUGUAGCUGCAGUUAAAGAGCAGGAGGCAAAGACAUCUGAGCGCACACAUCUCAUUGGAAUGCAACCCUCUGCACUUAGCAACAGGUCGCUCUUUGUGAAUCGUGGAGUCCCCAAGACCCUUCGUGAGCAACGGAUGCUUCGUCUACUUGAUGAGGUUUUUCCUGGUUACGUAAAAGAUGUGAGCGUCGUGUUUAAUUUAGCUGAAUUUCACGGACUGCAAGCUCGUCGACGUAAAGAAGAAACGGAACUGGCACGCAUGAAGAUAUUGCACGAGCGUGAGCUUAGCGACGAGAAGCCGUCAUGGUCGCUCCGCAUACUGCCUGGUGGUAUGAUGCUUCCAUCACUGCAUUUGAUGUUAAAGAAUUUGUUUUGCUGCUUCAAGUGGUGCUUCAAGCCUGUUUCGAUGGAGGAACAAGAGGAGCAAGUGAUACGCCACAUUGACAAGAUUCGAGAGAAGGAAGAGGCAUGCUUGUCUCGCAUUUUGCAUGAUAACAGGGGCGCUGGGCGCGCGUUUGUGGUCUUCAAGUCGGCAAGGCUCCGUGCCCGCUUCGUCCGCCGCGUUCGAAAUCAGAGUAUCACGUCCAUCUUAGCCCGAUUCCCGGAACACGCGCAGUCUCGGCUCGUGCGGUAUGUGCGUGAGCUGGGCCUGACGCGAUGGCAGCUGGAGGCAGCUCCAGAGCCGGAUGACAUUGACUGGCAGAGUGUGUCGUAUCCCUUUGCGAAGCGCACAGUGGUGGUGCUGUUGGUGAAUGUAUGCAUCCUUGUGGUGCUUCUGCUGUUCACAUCUCCUAUUGCUGUGACAUCGGCGAUUACCAGUAGCACAUCUUACUCAACACACGCGGCUCAAUCGUUGUCGGACCUUGUUGCACAACUCGGUAAUCUGCUGAACCGGGUAUCCCCCCGCAUGGCCAAACUGCUGGCAAACUACAUUCCCACGCUGAUCCUGGUGAUGAUCAAUGCAGUGCUCCUGAACGUGCUGCAGAUUGCUGGGCGCAUUCAGCCUGUCUCGACGGACUCAGCCAAGGAAAGAUUGAUCCUGCGCACAGCUUCCGUGUACCUGAUUUUUAACACUAUCUUCGUACCAAGUCUGGCGUUCAUGUCCAUCGAUGCCGUUCUACUGUACCUUGAGGACGAUGGUGAGGUGCUGGGUAUGCUCGGCACGCUAUUUCUAAACAAUUCCGGCAUCUUUUACGUGGACUACGUUCUCCAGCGCUGCUUUCUGGGUACUGCUCUUGUCCUUCUGCGUGCCACUGAGUACGUUAAAUUCUCGUGGGCAAAGCCGCGUGCAUUGACGCGUCGGGAGCAAGUCCAGGCGGUGGAGGCGGACCAAUUUUACGCGGGCACGCAGUCGGCGAUGCAAAUCAGUACACUGACUGUGGUGCUCAUGUUUAGCACUGUCGUGCCUUUGAUUCUUCCAUUGGGCACGCUCUACUUUGUGAUGCAACACAGCGUGGACAAGUACUCGCUGUUGAAUGUGCGGCGUCGCAUCAAGGGACGCGGCAGCAUUGCUCGUACUGCCACUCACGCCACCUGUGUGAGUCUCCUCUUGUAUCAGGGUGCCAUGAGCGGCUUUAUCCUUGAACGGGGCACAACGACACAAAGUGCUGCUGUGCUUGUGUUGCUCAUGGGUACGUACAUUGUCGUAUUGUGGGGAUACGUGCGUGACAAGGAGCAACAAUACCACAUGAUUGCACGUAGUGGUUACAACUCGUUGGAGUGCAGUACGAGUUUGCAAGGUUCCAGUAUGACAUCCACCAUGACUGAGUACCCACUGAGCAUGCUACGGUCAAGUCUCGAGCCGCUUGAAGUAAGCGAUGUAAAGGAAGAACAAGGUGAGCUCGAAGAAGAUUCUUUUAUUGGUGAUGAAAAAGCUCAAGAGGAUGGACCAAUUCGUCCGCUUCGGCCAUUGGAGACACUCAAUGAAUCUUCGGCUCUAUUGAUGUUCUCAUCAAAUAGUGACACGGACCUCGUGGCAGGUCUUGAUACUGACUCGAGUGACUUGUACCGAGAACCGGCGCUCCGUAAAUCCAUGCGUAUGAGCUUUGGACCACAGGAUCUCCGAGAUUAUGGCACAUGGCGUCAAGUCUAA